GAUUAGUGCGCACGCGCGCUCUGGAAGUUUCCUUCCUCACGUGUGGGACAUUUGGGGUGACACAUACCGGCUCAGUGUGACGGAUUCACGGGCUCCUGUUCCACGCAGACACAUACACACGCCGCAGACAACGACGAGAAAAAUGGCCUUCAGAAAAUUCCUGCCUCUGUUCGACCGUGUGCUGGUGGAGCGUCUCACAGCAGAGACGGUGACCAAGGGCGGCAUCAUGCUGCCGGAGAAGUCUCAGGGCAAAGUGCUGGAGGCCACUGUGAAGGCAGUGGGACCCGGCUCCUUCAACCAGGAUUUCUACAACUGGCCGGAUGAAUCAUUUGAGGAGAUGGACAGCACCCUGGCUGUCCAACAGUACAUCCAGCAGAACAUUAGAUCAGAUUGCUCCAAUAUCGACAAAAUCCUGGAACCUCCGGAAGGCCAGGAUGAGGGCGUGUGGAAGUAUGAGCACCUCAGGCAGUUUUGUCUGGAGCUCAAUGGACUCGCUGUAAAACUGCAGAGCGAGUGUCAUCCAGACACCUGCACCCAGAUGACGGCCACAGAGCAGUGGAUCUUUUUAUGUGCCGCCCACAAGACGCCCAAAGAGUGUCCUGCCAUUGAUUACACCAGGCACACGCUGGACGGAGCUGCCUGUCUUCUCAAUAGCAACAAAUAUUUCCCCAGCAGGGUGAGCAUCAAAGAGUCAUCGGUGGCCAAACUUGGCUCCGUCUGUCGUCGCAUCUAUAGGAUAUUCUCUCACGCCUACUUCCACCACCGCCAGAUAUUUGACAAGUAUGAGAAUGAGACGUUCCUGUGUCACCGGUUCACACGUUUCGUCAUGAAGUACAACCUGAUGUCCAAGGACAACCUGAUCGUCCCCAUCCUGGAGGAGGAAGUGCAGAACACCUCGUCAGCCGGAGAGAGCGAAGCCUGAGAUGAAGACCUGAGACUCAGCUGCUGCUGCUGCUGCUGCUGCUGCUGCUGCCACCAUGAGGGAGACGCGUGUAAACACACACUCACACACACACACACACACAGUAUAUAUCAAUAUAUAUAUAUAUAUAUAUUCACACAGUGUACACACUACAGUGUGUUAAGGCUCCUGUCUCGUAACACUGUCCAUGUCCCUCCUCGUCAACCUGUGUCCAUCUUUGAAAAAGGAAGUGAGGGAAAAAGAAAACCAGGAGCAGAGUUCAGACAUAUGUGGAGGACAAGAGAGUCACACCAUGUCUCCAUCUGUGUCUCUGUCCAUACAGAUUCACACCACGUCUCUGUCCAGAUUCACACCGCGUCUCUGUCUGUACAGAUUCACACCGUGUGUCUCUGUCUGUACAGAUUCACACCGUGUGUCUCUGUCCGUACAGAUUCACACCGUGUGUCUCUGUCCGUACAGAUUCACACCGUGUGUCUCUGUCCGUACAGAUUCACACCGUGUGUCUCUGUCCAUACUGAUUCACACCGCGUCUCUGUACGUACAGAUUCACACUCGGUGUCUCUGUCCGUACAGAUUCACACCGUGUCUCUGUCCGUACAGAUUCACACCGUGUCUCUGUCCGUACAGAUUCACACUCGGUGUCUCUGUCCGUACAGAUUCACACUCGGUGUCUCUGUCCGUACAGAUUCACACUCGGUGUCUCUGUCCGUACAGAUUCACACCGCGUCUCUGUC